AUGCAUUGUACGUGUUUGUUCCUAUCAUCUUCAAACUUGGCGUUGUAUCAUUUUACAUCCACGAAUGGUAUUUGCAUAUCUAGUGAGCGGUGUGUUCGUGUGAAAUGUGUUAUUGUCUUACAGGGUCCAUUGCAAUUACUUGUAAGACGUAUGACACGAUUCUGUGUAACGGUGGGUAUUGACGAAGCGAUGGAACGUAUUAUUGAAGUGUGCGAAGCGAGCGGUUUCGACGCUAAGAAACGCGGACAUAACUGGUUGACCGUAUCGGACAGACGUGAAAUGAGCUUCAUGGUAACAAUCUACGAAAUGGGAAGUCAUGCUACAAAGAAGGUAAUGGUUGAUUUCCGUCGUUCGCGUGGCGACGGCCUGGAAUUUAAACGUGCCUUCAUCGCGCUCAAAGAGAAGCUGGAUUUGAUCGUUUGUAAAGAGGGUACGGAUUGGUUGGAGAGACUCGGUCUGGUCUGCAGUCAAGCUUUGCAUCAGCUUUCGGUCAAUUGA